AUGGUCCGAACAAAGACGCGGCCCAGGACCCUAGAAGAGAGGUACCCCAAGGACAAGUACCCCAACGGCCCACCUCAGAUUCGCUUGCCACCCAAACUCCCACUAGUAUCCAACAACCGCAUCUUCAACGAUCACACCGGCAGACCAGCCUUGAUGUCAUGGGAGAGCUCGGGGGUCUGUCCCUUGCCUCCCCUUGCCUCCUGGGUCUUCUAUAUGGUCCAUCCAGAUGUGCCGCUUGACUUUGACGGGUGCGUAUUCCAGCAUGGUCUUGAGGAUGGUGCCACGACUGAAGAAUGCCAUGAGCACUACCGUGGGGAGCUAAAGGCUCGAGGCACCAUAUGGCGCCACAUCCGCAAGGUCAAGAGAGCCAUGGAGCUCGAGAAGCAGAAAACCCCCCAACCAGUGGAGGAUGAUCCGGUAGAGGAGUCCGGUUCUGGUCUGGGCUCCACGACAUCCGAGUCCCCUUCUGAUGAAGAAGCAACUUCCCACAAUCAACAACUUCCUGGCUUAGUCUGGCCUAAACACGAUCACGAUUGCUCUUCUGUGAUAUACCGCGGCUGGUUUUUCGUGUAUCCACAUGCAAAUAUUGAUUGCCGAGGUGCCGAUGGUGCGGCGCGUGAGAUAGAUAUCGUCACGUUUGACCCCAUCGAUCAGGAAGACGCAUGGGGAGAAGAUGAAGUUCGCAAGUUCGACCCGAUGGAACACCCUGUUCACGUAACACGGAAGAAAGCCAGAGAAGUCUAUGAGCAGGGGGUUAAGGAGUGGAUGUACAGGAGAAUAUGUUCACACUGGGAGCAAAAGGCCGAUGAAGCCACGGAUGACGCGCUGAAGCUAGGUUGGAAGUCUUGGUAA